AUGUCGCGCCGCGUGGUCGCGGCUUCCGCCAGCGGCGACAGCCGGAGUCGAAGCCCGAGCGCUCGCAGCAGCGCUCAAGGCGUACAGAGUGCGCAGGGCGCGCAAAGCGCUCAGAGCGGUCCCCCUGCCGCGGGAACUCCGCUGCUCGGCGGCCUGGGGCGGAACGGCGAGCGCGCGGAGGUUUAUCCGCGUGCGGCUUUUGUGGGCGAGUGUGCGGAACGGCAAGUUCCGCCAGAGCAGACGGAGAUGGAAGAGGUGCUUGGCGCGUCUGGUGCGGGGGGCGGCGGGCGGAACGGCGGAACUCCCUCCCAGACGCUUGCGCGGAUCACGGCGCUGUACGGGGCGAGGCAGCUUGCGACGGACGCGCCGCGGCUGCUACAAUCAACGUCUGCUCACGGAGACGAAAUCGCGACGGCAGCAGCUGCGGAGGAGGCGGAAGUCCACGGACGGUUCGGCGAGGAGGGCGCGGAGGGCGCGGAAAGCGGAACGUACGAGGGCCUGCUGGAAGCGGUGAUUCGCGCGCGACCGGCGCCGGCGGAAGCGCAGGAAGGAGGCGGAAGCGGUGCUACUUGUACGCGCGGCGGAGCGGCGGAGAAGGGAGGGAUUAGGUUGGCGGAGAUCGCGCCGUGGGGAAACUCCGCGUCGACGGAAGCAUCUUUAGCGGAGCUUGAGGCGUCAAUAUCCGCGCUACAAGCAUCCCUGCUACUACAGCAACAGCAACACCAGCCGCAGCGGAAGGAACAACCGGCGCAGCCGCAGCAAGAGGGACAAAAGCGGGAGGACGGGGCGAGCGGAGAAUGGUAUUCCGCGCAAGUUGACAGCAAGGGGAACGACAGGGCGGAACAAUUCGGCGAAACCCUAGACUCGGAGAUGAAAACCUCGCUUGUCGGGGGAUCCAAUUCGCAAAACGGAAAGUCCCGUUUGAGUUCCCAGUUCCCAGUUCCCAACUCGCAAUCAGAAGGCGGAAAUUUCGACCCCCAGUUCGAAUCAGUCACCUUGAGAACAUUCGCCGCCUGGUCGGACGUGCAAUGCGGCGCUUUCGCCGGCGGCGGCGCGCGCGGAAAUGCGGCGGCGGAAACUGCGCAACCCGCGGAAACGGCAGUCGCUGCGCGGCCGCUGCGGCUGCUCUCCGCGGUGGACCCGAAUCAAGAGGCAAUGGUCGCGCUCGCCGCUUCCGCGCCCCCCCCAGUCGAUGACAAUGUGCGCGGAGAUGUGGCGGAAGCCGCGCGUCCUUUCCGCAGCCGCCUGCUCUCCGCGGUGGACCCGAAUCAAGAGGCAAUGGUCGCGCUCGCCGCUUCCGCAUCCCCCCCUGGCGCGCCCCUCGCCAUUCCGCUGCUGCAGCCCAACCCCUUCCCCGCGAGCUUCGGCGCCGCCAGCGCCGCGCUGCGCGCGCGGAAAAGCGGCAGCGAAUCCGCGGCGCGCGCGGCUGCUGACACCUCCGCGGCGGCGGAUCCGCACAGUCGGAGCUUCGCCCGCGCCCACAGGAGUGGCGGCGGCGCCCGCAGCAGCGGCGGCGGGAGCGGCGGCGGCAGCAGCGGGACGAGCGGCGGCGGAGGGGGGCGAGCAUUCAUUAUUCCCGCGAGCCUAUCAACCACCUUCUCCCCCUCCUUCUCCUCCCCCUCCGUUGCAGCCUCGUCGCUCUCCCCGUUGUCCACUGCAGUUCUCGGUGCUCUUCCCGCCCUCCAACCCUCCAAUCAGAGUCCUGGAUGUACCAGCACCGCUCUUCCCUCUCCACACCUGCUCCCAACGUUCACGUUGCAGCGCCCAAGCCGCCCUUCCGCCCAAGUGCAACGUUCAGAAGAAUGCACGGUGUGUGGGGCACAAGGGGUUGAUGUGAAGGUGGCAAUGGGGACAAUGGGACUUGCCUGCCUCACCUGCCUGGCAUUCACCAAACCUGCCUUUGCCGAGCCUGACUCAGCCGAGGGGGUCCCCGCCGAGGCUGUCUUUGCCGGGGCUAUCUCUGCCGCGGCUAUCACGGACCCCAACCUCACAGAGUAUGUUGCAAGCUUGAGGGCUGGGGUAGACGCUGCCGCCGCAGCCAGCACCGCUGCUGCCGCCGCCGCCGCUGCUUUCACUACUGCUGGGGGCACCUCUGCUGCAUCACUUGAGGGGUUCGUUGCCCCAACUGUACCGGCUGCUGCUGGUCCUCUCACAUCCCCUAUGACCGCACCUCUCUCUACUCCUUCAAACCCCCUUCAACUCCCCAGCUCUGCUGGCUUUCGCGCCACUUCCCAGGCUGACAGGAUCCUGGCAGUUGCAGACUUGGGCCAAACCUCGGAAUCUGCGUUGGUGCUGGUCCCAGGUCUGGCAGCCUCUAGUGGUUCACUUUCGGACUCGGAAAAGCUGUGA